AUGAGGCAAGCCGGAAUAUAUUCAGGAGUAGUCUCCGGCGGCAGAAGUGGGCCGCACUUGUUGCCGUUGGCGAGGAUAAAGAAGAUCAUGAAGAAGUCUGGGGACGACGUCAAGAUGGUAUCUGGGGAGGCCCCGAUUGUUUUCUCCAAGGCUUGUGAGCUGUUCAUAGAGGAACUGACGCAAAGGUCUUGGACGGUGGCCAUGCAGAGAAAGAAAAAGACCCUUCACAAAGAGGACGUGGCCUCAGCUGUUCUAGCCACUGAUAUCUUAGACUUUCUUGUCAAUUUGGUGUCUGAUUCUAAUAAUCCUCUGGACUUGGCCCCUGUGGAAAGAGAGACAUUGGUGUCUUAG